AUGAGGGACCCCGGCGGGGCCCGGCGCUACGCCACGAAGCUGAGCAGGCACGCCAGCGACGUGACCCCGGCCCAGCGAAACCGCGCGGGCAGUGUGAGGCGGAGCCAGCGCGGCAGCCUCAUGCUGCCAGGAGCAGGGCCCGGGGGCGGCGUCGGCGUCGGCGUGAGGACGCCCCCGGAGGAGCUGCCGCCCAAGGAGCGGCGCCGGCGCACCAUCGUCAUGAUCGUGGGCGCCACCUUCAUGUUCCUGCUCGCCUGCAGCGUGCUCGUCGUCGUCGUCACACUGACGCACCACUCCUUCCGCCACCCGCCCGUCGACGACGCAGUUCGCAAAGAGAACGAGGAGUACUUGAGCGCCAUAGGCAGGGACGACUCAGGGAUGUCCAGUGCGGGCCAAAACGCCACGUCUGGCCCCCCGCCGUUGCUGUUGGACAACCCGUGAGGAUCUGCGCAACCUGCCAAGCAGAACACUGCCGCCUCCCGACAGUUCUCUCAAAACCCGGUGAUGUAAGCACGGGGAUUAGAAUGCUUUUGAGUCUCGCAGCCAGACCACUAACAAGGUUUUGCCUCCUGCUGAACACCAAACCCACAGACAGUCUGGUUUUCUUUUCGUGAAAGUGAAAAUUGAACCAUUGCAGGUGCUAUGAUUGUCAGUUUCUAUUAACAUGACACAGACAGAGUGGCAGGUAUUAUAAAAAGAGAAAAGGAAAAGAGGUCCCAUAUCUUGGCUAACUGUUGUUUACUUCUUUGAUUUGUUAAGCAAUGCACUAAUCACAGCAGAAUGCCAAAGUUAUAAAUUGUACGAGGUGAAGUGAGAUAUUACACUUGAAAUCAUUACAGCCCACUAUAAACUAGUGAUUGCUUCUCCCAAGUGAUCAAAAUGCAGUCCAUAAAGAAACCUUCAUUAUUCCAGUAGGCAGUGGGUCAUUGAUGUUUAGUAUGCUUGAGAGCUGUUCUUUGUUCAUGAAAUUAGUGAUCAACACAGUGUUGCUAAUCAAAAAUGACAUCCUAUGCAUGUAUUGACCUAACGAAAACUCCUAGUUAGAGAGCAAUAUAUGUCUUUAAAAUUAAUUAAUGCCAAAUGCAGUCAUUUGAACUUUUCACUCACUGAGGCAAGAAUUCCUCUAAGGUUUGAGAUGGAUGUAGACACUUCUGUUAGUUUUGUAACCAAUGACAACUGGCUUUGUCGAUAUUUAUUACUAGUCAAUAAC